UAGAAACAUAAUUUUUUAAACUUAUCAAAGCUCCAACGGUCUUCCCUAUCUCGCCUGAAGAUAGACGCCUUCCUCGCCUCCCUAUAAUCCCUUCGAAGCCGAUACCUCCCUGGAUUAUCAAUCGCAUUGUGACGGUCCACCAUCCAUCAAUCAGCCCCAGUCGAAUCAAAGCGAAUCCAACAUUUCCACGACGAUGUCCGACCCGGAACCUAUCCCACCGGGGCCUGUGGCCAUUGUGGUUAUCGGCAUGGCUGGGUCUGGCAAGACCACCUUCAUGCAAAGGAUAAUAUCUGAUCUUCACGCUCAAACGCCCCCAUCCCCGCCAUAUGUCAUCAACCUCGACCCCGCCGUUACAAGAGUGCCAUUCGAGAGCAACGUGGAUAUACGAGACAGCGUGGACUACAAGGAAGUCAUGCGGCAAUACAAUUUAGGCCCGAAUGGAGGGAUCCUAACAAGCCUAAACCUUUUCGCGACCAAGGUGGAUCAAGUGAUAGGGCUGGUGGAGAAGCGGUUUGGACUACAAUCACCAGCCCAAGGAGAUCCAUCGCAAACAGGGACGAAGGGACCGGACGCAAGUCAGGCCCCGUCGGGCAAGACAGCAUCAGGAGACGAGCCCACGCCAUCGCCGGAUGCGCUGGAAACCCCUCGCUAUCUUCUCUUCGACACCCCCGGCCAAAUCGAGGUCUUUACCUGGUCUGCUUCGUCCUCGAUCCUCCUCUCCGCCCUCUCCACGACCAUGCCCACAGUCAUCGCCUACAUCAUCGACACCCCGCGCGCCGCUUCUUCCACCGCCACAUUCAUGGCCAACAUGCUGCAUGCGGUCAGCAUUCUGUACCGCACCAGCCUUCCCAUGGUCCUCGUAUUUAACAAAGCCGAUGUGCCGGAGGGUGAUGCGAUGGACAUGGACCCCGCCGAUACUCUCGACCGGGGGAGUUUGGUGGAUAAGUGCGUACGGUGGAUGCGCGACUGGGAGGUCUUCCAGGAAGCCGUCCGGGAUGAGAGCGGGCCGGACGAUCUGGGUGAGGGAUCGGGCUACAUGUCUAGUCUUACCAACAGCAUGUCACUGGUACUGGAGGAGUUCUACAAUACCCUGAGCGUGGUCGGCGUUUCUUCGAUGACUGGGCAAGGAGUCCCGGAGUUUUUCGACGGAGUAGAAGAAAAGCGGCAGGAGUUCAUCCGGGAUUAUUGGCCUGAAGUGCUCAAGAGGCGGAAGGAGAAAGAACAGGCCAAGGAAAGUCGCCGCGAGAAGGAGCUGAGCAAGUUGAUGAAAGACAUGGAGGUUGGGGGAGGGGGGAGUCGGACGAAGAACGUGGAGCCGGAGACUGUGAGUGACGUUGAAGCCGAGAGUGAGGAUAGCCAGGAUGAGGAUGAUGACGACGAGGAUGCCGGGCUCGAUUCCGGGCUUCAGAAAAGAUACAGAAGCGCGCUGGAAGAUGCCAGUGAAGGCCAGGACGAUGAUAUGAGCUUCGCCCGAUACGUGAGGAAUGCAGGCGCCAUGGGUUGAAGUAUCCGUGGUGGCUGUCGCAUGGUUCAAUGUAGCAACACUAUAACAAAAGGAGCAUCCGCCUCCGCAGCAGAUGAGAAUUCAGCCCGAUGCGAUAUAUCUACCCGGGACUGAAAGGGGAUUGUGGGGAGGAAGUGAUUUGGUUGAAAACUGGUAAAACAGUAGAGUUCGAGAUCACAUCUAGUCCAUGAGCUCAGGGUUGUAUUGCCUUAUGGAUUUGUGCUAAAAUUUGUCCAAAGGCUAGAUUGAAUUGAGGCGUGGAAGACCUCCGAUUCCUUAUGCCUGCUCCUGUCUAAGCAGUGGCCGAAUCAAAUCAAAUAUUCCACAUGAUGUAGU